UUAUGUAAAAGAUUUUCCUAGAUAUAAAACUAUAUUAAAUAGAGAGCUCGAUAAAUCCAAAGACAUUUCCAAAAGUCAGUGUGAAGUUUAUAUGGUAGAUAAUUUAAAGGGCUAUUUAGAUGAAGAAGAUGAUUCUUUUAAUAUAGGUUGUGCCAAUGCUUAUAGUCAUAUGACAGAAUUGGCAUUAAAUCCCAAUAUAUCUGGAUUUUGUGAAUAUACCAAUUACUGGUUCUAUGGUAAGUUGAAAUCAGCUUAUAAAAUUACAUAUAAUGAUAUAUUGCGUGCCUUUUUUAAUGGAGUUGGUAAUUUCGAAGAUUGUGUAGAGCUUACGGAAGCUAUUGACGAACGUACAUAUAUUGAUCUUAAAAAAUUAGAUGAACUGUAUGAGAAAUUUUAUAAUUUUAAAAAUAAAUCUUCAACUCAAGAUAGUAAUCGUUGUAAAACAGGUAUAGAAUGUGCCCAAGAAUAUAAGAAUCACGAGAGUACAUGUAAGGGGAAUGGUAACAAUGGUUUUUGUAAUGAAUUAGAAAAUUUUCGAAAUCUAUUUAAUACUCAUCUUAAAUCAGUAAUUGAGUGCAAAAACAUAGAAGAAUUACCAUCCUUCCAAGGAUCUCCACUAGCUGCUACCAUUUCAAUCCCAGUUUCUGUGAUGUCAUUAAUAUCUUUCUUUUCAUUUAUUACAUAUAAGGUAUGUAAAUAUUUUGUACAAAAGUG